CAUUCCUUCCCACGACCCUUUCCCACAACCCCCCCUCUCUCUCUGAUUAACUUCUCUUAUUCUGUAUAUCAUCAUAUUUAUAGUUUGAGAACGUGCUAGCUCUUUCUCAUCCCUGUCAAGUUCUAAAUCUUUAGCAGUUUUCAGGUACUGUUUUUAGAGUUGGAACUAAAUAAUCAUUCGGCAUGGCUGAGGAAUCUGUUCAAAAGCAAGGCCAAGAGACAUUGACACAAGAAGAGGUGGUGGUCACUGAUGUUGCACAGGCUGAGAAAGCCAACACAAAGGUGGAGAAGGAGCCUCAGUCAACGCAUGUACCAGAGACUGAGGAGCCCGUGAAGCCUAGGACUGUCGAAGAAGAGCCUGCCGUAGAGAAUGACAUGUCCACAAAGCCUGCUGACAAUGAUGAGAAGAUGAUCCCACAAUCGGUUUCUUUCGAGGAAGAGAGCACCAGAGUUGCUGAUCUUUCUGAGACCGAGAAAAAGGCACUUGAACAGCUUAAGCAGCUCAUCCAAGACGCGCUCAACAAGCAUGAGUUCACUACUCUGGCUUCAUCUCCAACGCCGCCAUCACUACCGAAAAAAGAAGAAAAGCCAGCGGCUGUAGAGGAAAGAGAGGAGGAGAAACCCGCUGAAGAAAAGCCAUCCGAAGUGACUGCUGAUGUUCCUCCAAUGGCACCGGAAGAAUCCACAAAGCCAGAAUCAGAAACUUUAGAAGAAACUAAGGAUGAAGCAGAAAAGAAGGCAGAACCAGAAAAUGAAACAACAGUCGCGGAACAACAAACAGAAACAGCGGUGGUUACAAAAGUCAUUAAAGAGAAGGUGGCUGCGGAUUCUGUAGAUGAUGACGGUGCAAAGACUGUGGAAGCCAUAGAAGAAACCAUUGUGGCGGUCUCUUCUUCAGUACCACAGGAGCAGCCUCCUCCACCUCAAACAAAAGAUGCGGAAGGUCUGAAGGCUGCUACACCUCCGGAACCGGAAGAAAAAGAUGCCAAAGCCCCUCUGUCUCCGGAGGAGGUCUCUAUCUGGGGUAUACCAUUACUGGCCGAUGAGAGGAGCGAUGUCAUUCUCUUGAAAUUUCUCCGAGCGAGAGAUUUCAAGGUGAAAGAUGCGUUCUCUAUGAUCAAGAACACCGUACGCUGGAGGAAAGAGUUUGGGAUCGAUAAGUUGCUUGAAGAAGACCUGGGCAGUGAUUUAGAGAAGGUGGUGUUCAUGCACGGCUUUGACAAGGAAGGACACCCCGUGUGCUACAAUGUCUAUGGGGAAUUCCAAAGCAAGGAGCUCUACCAGAAAACAUUUUCCGAUGAAGAGAAGAGGCAGAGAUUCUUGAGGUGGAGAAUUCAAUUCCUGGAGAGGAGUAUCCGGAAGUUGGAUUUCACCCCAGGCGGUAUUUGCACUAUUGUUCAGGUCAAUGAUUUGAAGAAUUCUCCUGGGCCUGGGAAGUGGGAGCUUAGACAUGCAACCAAACAGGCCCUUCAACUUCUCCAAGAUAAUUAUCCUGAAUUUGUUGCCAAACAGGUGUUUAUCAAUGUCCCUUGGUGGUACCUGGCAGUCAACAGAAUGAUAAGCCCAUUCCUGACCCAGAGGACCAAAAGCAAGUUUGUUUUCGCUGGCCCUUCCAAGUCUGUGGGGACCCUUUCGAGGUACAUAGCUCCAGAACAGGUACCAAUCAAAUACGGAGGAUUAAGCAAAGAUGGUGAAUUUGGCACAACUGAUGCUGCCAAUGAGAUUACUAUUAGACCAGCAGCAAAGCACACAGUGGAAUUUCCAGUUACUGAGUCCUGCCUUCUCUCUUGGGAGGUCCGAGUAGUGGGAUGGGAGGUGAGGUACGGUGCAGAAUUUGUGCCAAGUGCUGAAGAAAGUUACACUGUGAUCAUACAGAAGGCUAGAAAGGUUGCCUCAUCGGAAGAACCAGUUGUUUGCAAUAGCUUCAAGAUUAGUGAGCCUGGCAAGGUGGUACUGACCAUUGACAAUCCUACCUCUAAGAAGAAAAAGCUCCUUUACCGCUUGAAGACCAAGCCUUCUUCUGAUUGAAUAAACUGAUUGCUAGAGGAAAGGAGGGAAAGAAAAAAUAACUCUAAAGAUUGCUCUGCUUAAAGUCCUUCAUCCAAUUCCAUCAUCAUCAUCAUCAGAGCUUGAAGAAUGGGGUUCGUUGAUUAUAGAUAGGGAAAGCAAAUAUAUUUGUUGAAAGUGGUUCGUGUUUCUUUUGUUUUGUUUUUGUUUACCUUAAUGUGGAAUUAUACAGUUUGUGUUUCUUUAUUAAAUAUGAGUAUUUGAUUAAUUAAAUUUUUUUCAA